GGUGCCCUUGAAGAGACACAAAUCCUUACGGAAAACCUUGAGGGAAAGGGGCCAACUUUCCCAAUUUUGGGAGACUCACAAGUUGGAUAUGGUCCAGUACAUAGAUUCCUGUUCUCAAGACCAGAGUGCAAAUGAACCUCUCAUCAACUACUUGGACAUGGAAUACUUUGGAGUCAUCUCCAUUGGUUCCCCACCACAGAAUUUCACCGUCAUCUUUGACACGGGUUCUUCCAAUCUCUGGGUCCCUUCUGUGUACUGUGUCAGCCCAGCUUGCAAGAACCACAAUCGAUUCCGCCCCUCUCAGUCCAGCACUUAUAUCGAGAAUGGGAACUCUUUUUCCAUCCAAUAUGGGACAGGAAGCUUGUCUGGAAUCAUCGGAACGGACCAAGUUUCCGUGGAAGGGAUUACAGUAGCCAACCAGCAAUUUGGAGAGAGCGUCAAUGAGCCCGGAAGCACUUUUGUGAAUGCAGAGUUUGAUGGGAUCCUAGGGCUGGCCUACCCGUCAUUGGCUGUGGGAGGGGUCACUCCCGUGUUCGACAAUAUGAUGGCCCAAAAUCUGGUGGAUAUACCUAUGUUUUCCGUUUAUAUGACCAGGAAUCCAGAUAGCACCACUGGAAGUGAGCUCAUUUUUGGAGGUUAUGAUCACACUCAUUUCUCUGGGAGUCUGAACUGGGUGCCAGUCACUAAACAGGGCUACUGGCAAAUAGCACUGGACAAGUAA